GCCGCUGCGAACCCCGAUGCGAUGGCUAUUUCAUGCAUGUCUGUUGGAUCCUUAGCAGUGUCUCCAAUCGACUGAGCAAACGUACUCAAUACGGUCCAAGCGCCACAAUAAUAUGUAUGAUUUUUCCCGUUGAUCCACAUCAUCUUUCGUCCAAACACAUCAGCAUAUUACUAGCCAAUAGCUUUAAUGAGAAAGCAGUUUACCCAAGGAACAGUGCCCCCAUAGUGCUGCCAUCGGUGUGA